AUCCAAAAGAUGACUUGUUUGUGUCACUAAAAAUGUUUGGUUGCAAAUUGACCCCACACUUCUAGCACCGGAAAACAAUGACUUUGCACCCACCUCACCUCUCUCACUCUCUUUAAAAGUACCUUAACACUUUUUCUGAGUGUAUUUUAAGCCUCUUUCUCCUCUCUUUUCAUUUUCUUAUUCAUUGGUUUUUCCUCUCUCUGAUCCUUUCCUUCCCUGAAUCUCAACCCCAAAAAACAAGAAAGAAAAAGCAUGAAGAAGAUCAAUCUAUUACUGAGAAAGUGCAAGAGCUUGUCAAGGCAACUUGGAAGAUCUUCAUCAUAUAGUAGCUUGAGGUCCAAAUCUACCAAGGAAGACUUGUGGGCAGGACAUGGCAUAAUGCAAGAAGAUGAACAUUGUGAAACAAUAUUUGUUGGGAGCACAAGGAAACGGUAUGUGAUCAGCUCCAAGUACCUGAAUCACCCUCUUCUAAAUGCUCUGAUCAACAAGUCAAAGCAAAAUGAUAGUGAUGAAAAUGUUUUGGUGGUCAACUGUGAGGUGGUUCUCUUUGAUCAUCUAUUGUGGAUGCUAGAAAAUGCAGAUCCUAAGCUUGGUUCUGAGUCUUUGGAGGAAUUGGCUGAACUCUAUGUGUUUUAAGAGUUGUCAAAGUGUAGAUUUCAGAUACCAAAUUUAUCUUGCAAAAUGUAAUGAUUGAGAGUCCUUUUUGUUUUCUUGUACAAUGACUUUAUAUCUAUGGUGCAUUAAAUGGUCAUAGCUGAAUUAUGUUCUAACUCACUGAGUUUUCAAGAGCCAUAUGCUUGAUUAAGGCCAUUAACUUGUUUCUUUGGGAAAUGGGCAUGUGCAGAUGGCUUUCUUAGAGUUCAA